AUGACGUACACUAUGAAGAUGGAAAUAUAUGCUGGUAAACAACCAGCAGGUCCAUAUUGUUUGAGCAAUAAACCAACUGAUGUAGUGAGACGAAUGGUUGAACCAAUUGUUGGAACAGGUCGGAACAUAACAGCCGACAAUUGGUUCACUGAUGUUGACUUGGUUGAUGAACUGAGAAAAAAGAAACUGUCCUACGUUGGCACUGUAAGAAAAAAUAAAUCAGCGUUGCCACCAGAUUUUGUGAAUGUGAAAGGAAGAAAACAAUAUAGCAGUAUGUUUGCAUUCAAUGAUGGCAAAGUUCUGGUUUCCUACAUCCCUCGUGAAAGGAAAAAUGUCAUUCUUCUAUCCUCCCUUCAUAAUGACUCAACAAUUGACCCUGAUUCUGGAGAGCGGAAGAAGCCUGAGAUUAUAACUUUUUAUAAUCAGACAAAAAGUGGUGUCGAUACUGCAGAUCAAAUGUGCAUGACAUACAGUGUAAGCCGGAACACCAAGCGCUGGCCAAUGGAUUUUUUUGCAAUGCUGAAUGUGGGUGGUAUCAAUUCACAAGUUAUCUACAUGUGCAAUGAACUACAACCCCUGCGCAGAAGAAUGUAUCUGAAAAAACUGGCGAAUGAACUGGUUUAUGGAGAGCUACAGAGAAGAAGUAUGAAGACAACUGGAAUUCCCAGCAGCCUACAAGUUCGUCUGAAGAGAUAUCGCCCCAGUGCUGAUGAUGAUCGAGAGAAGUCGCCCACGCAAGAACCUCCCAAGAGGCGUAAAUGCAUCACUUGUGCUGCGGAAACUGGCCACAGAAGGCUGUCGAAUUACGAAUGUCAUGAUUGCCAUGAGGCGAUUUGCCUAUCUCAUGCCAAUAUGGUAUGCCAAGGCUGCACUGCAACCCGCCAACAAAUUGUUGAAUCAGAGAGUGAAUCUGACUAA